AAGCCGCAUCUCGCUUCCACAGUCGUGAGUCAAGGACCUACCGGUAUUAUGAAUUACGUCUGCUUUCAGACUGCUCUACCUCUGCUGCUCACCGGCCGGUCACAUACGACACCUGCUUAUUUCAAAGGCUUGGGGAAAACAGCCCAUCCGCCGUCUUCCAGACCGCCGUCACGCUCGAGCAGCUCUAGUCAGUCUGUGCUCACGGGCAGAGCAGUCAUCCGCCUUCUGAUGAUCAAGCCCAGAUGUUCCACGGAAGGACGUCGCGCAUACGGACCUCAUCCUCAGAAAGACCGUCGCAGAGCGUCACAAUCAUUUCAUUUCCACAAAAAGCUCUGGAGAUUAGCGCUCAACGCCAAGCAGCCUGCUCCGCACACACCGCUCGGCAGAAGUCGAACGCACUGGGUGUUGACGGCCCGUUUAGCGCAGAUGCAGCAAGCAAGUGUGACCGUGUGGAUGCGAAAAGGCACCAAAUAUGGUUCGUACCUUCGCUCGCUUGUCGCGAACUUGCUGCGAUUGUUUCUCGUUCCAACAACUCGCUUGGUGCCUGCGAUAAUGCAAGUGGCAUCAACGUAGGAUCUCUAUUCCUCGGCUGAUGGCGGACCAAGACAGACAGCUCCAACACACACAAGUAGGAGCGCUGCGCUCGUACUGUAGCUUCAUGUGCAACGUGAGGCUAGACAGUCUGCCUGCUUCUUGUGCGCUGCCAAAGAGCCUUCAUGUGCGCCGAGCUCGUGAGGUCGUAAUUGCAGGCAACACCAUUAUUUGUAAAGUCGGUGACUUUACGCCCUUUGCUGCUGAGCAAACAAU